AUGGCAGGAACUGUGUUCUUGAAAACUAAUUGUUUUGAAGUUAAGCUUGAAGGGAUCACAUUCAAAUCUAAGGAUUUUGAAGCUCUAUGCAUGAUGGAUUUUCUCUUCCCGGAGGGGAAGAUUUGGGAUCGUCCACCGGUUGUUGGCAUUGAUGUUGUGUGCCAUCCUCGUGAUCCAUCCGUUCUGCUGAUUCUAUUGUGUUUUGGUGUUGGUUGUGUGAUCCUCAGGUUUCGUCUAGGGGAUGAGUUGCCUGCUUCGAUCCUCAAAUUUCUUGCGGAUGAAAGAAUUCGUUUUGUUGGCUUUGGUAUUCCCGAGAAGAAAGAUCUGUUCCCAUUUGAAGAAUUGGGAUUGACAAAAAGCAAAGUGGAUAUUGGUCACCUAGCUGCAGAAAUUCUUAAAGAUCCCAAAUACAAAAGACGGGAACUUGCUGAUUUGGCGCGAAAAGUUCUUGGGAUCAGGAGAAUGACCGGCUUGACAGAGGCUUCGUCUUUUGAGAGACACGAGCAUAUAAAAUGUGCAAUUUGUCAGCUUUUUAUUACCAGCAUUAUUGCUAUGGGAUUGUUGGGUGCCAAUGACAGGAAGAAAUUGAAGGAUUCAGCCUCACCCAAGAAACGCUCUUUUCUUAAGAAUCUGAAUUCUCUUUCUUUGUUUAAAGAAGGAUGGUUCAAAUUGCCCAAAGUUAAGAAGGAAAAACAUAAAUGUCAAGUUGAGGAGGACGACGAAUACAUUCGUGUUGAAAUAAGAGAAACAGAGGAUAUGUUUGGCGACAUUAAUGUUCCUGUUAAGACGAAAAAUGAAGAGGAUCCUUUCAGCAAUUUUCUCAUAAAUGCCAAAGUCGUAGAAGAUGCUUCCAAUUCCAAGGUUAAAGAGGAAUCAUCCUCAAAUGACCUUGUUCAUGAAGAAGGUAGGAAGGGUAUUUUAGGCGAUUAUUCAAGAAAGGACAUCAUUUGUACGUCAAAAAAGCCCUUGAAAGGAAUCUUGAAAUGCCCAUCUUCAGGUCUGCUACGUAGUUUCUCGUCUUCAUUGUUGGAGCCUGAAUCAGUUCUAUCAAUAUCAGAAGAACAAAAUACCAGAGGUGCAUUGAAGAGAGCCAAUUCCAAGGGGUGCAAUGUAACCUUUAAGUGUCUUUUAGAAAGAGUGGUCCGGGAUCUCCUGCAACAAACAUUUGGAAGAUCCAAUGCCGAAGAUAAGAUAGUUCUUUGUCGGAUGCUUAUUCAUCAAGUGGAUCCUUCAUCCCUUGUUUCAGUAUCUGACCUGAUGCCUUAG